AUGGCGAUCGAGCCGUCUCGCUACGGCCCGGACUUCCACUGCGUCACGGUCUCUCGAGACGUGUUCGAAGUGCGCUCGCACUACGUGAACCUGCGUCCGGUGGGCGGCGGCUCCUACGGCAUCGUGUGCUCGGCCGAAGACACGUUAAGGGGCCGCAAGGUGGCCAUCAAGAAGAUCACCGACGUGUUUGACGACCUGACGGACGCCAAGCGGAUCCUGCGGGAGAUGAAGCUGCUCCGACACCUCGGCGUGCACGAAAACAUCAUCAACAUUCUGGACGUGAUCCUGAUCCCGCCCAACGUCAUGGACUUCCACGACAUCUACAUCGUGACGGACCUCAUGGAGAGCGACUUGGAGCGCAUCAUCAGCUCGUCGCAGCCGCUCUCGGACGCGCACUUCCAGUACUUCCUGUACCAGAUCCUGCGCGGCAUGAAGUUCGUGCACUCGGGGAACGUGCUGCAUCGGGACCUCAAACCGUCGAAUCUGCUCGUGAACUCCAACUGCGACUUGUCCAUUUGCGACUUUGGAUUGGCCCGCGGCGUGGAGACGGCUCACAACGAGGAUCUGACGGAGUACGUCGUCACGCGCUGGUAUCGAGCCCCAGAGCUGCUGACCGACUGCCAGAACUACAACGACGCGGUGGACGUGUGGGCCAUCGGCUGCAUCUUCGCGGAAAUGCUGCGGCGUCGACCAUUCUUCACAGGCCGAGACCCGUCCGACCAGCUGCACAUGAUCAUCCGCGUGCUGGGGUCGCCUACAGAAGAGGAAAUGAGCUUCGUGCCCCAUGAAGCUGCCAAACGAGCGAUCCUGCAGCAUGGAUUCUACCCAAAGCGCCCGUUGAUCGAGUUUUUCCCGGAUGCGAACCCGCUGGCCGUGGACUUGCUCUCUCAGAUGCUCAAGUUCAAUCCGGCCGAGCGCAUUUCGGUGGUUCAGGCACUCGCACAUCCGUACUUGGCGCAGCUCCAGAACCCGGCGGACGAGCCCGUGUGUGCCGAGCCGUUUAACUUCGAUUUCGAGCGCGAGUCGCUCGAUUUGGGCGUGGAGAUGCCCAAGGAGGAACUGCAGCGGUUGGUCUUCCAGGAGUGUAUGUCCAUCCACCAGUUAGAAGCGCACCACAUGCAGUGA